GGGCAACUUCCUGUGGGUAAGGAGAACAGAACAGCCUUGAAGAUCUUAGCCAUGUGUAGAAUUUAGUACUUAGAUUGUCAUAAAGCAAUGAGAGUUAGCUCUAAAACAGAUGCAUGUUUUCCUCCAGCAGUGAAAAAUACUUGGGUUAAUUGCAAAAUAGGGGCAGAGGGAUCUCGUGUAGGCAAAGAAUGUGUUAAUGUCACAUAUUAAAAGUUGACAAGGUUGCUGAUCUUGACAUGAUCUAUAUAUCAUCUGCUGAAAUUAAAGUGUGCAAGAAAAAUUGUACUCUGAUUGAAUAUAGUGCAUACAGCUGUGGUUGCCCAGAUCUAAACAGUUAAAAAGGGGUUCCAUGCUAGAAAAGGGGAGGGGAAAGUGAGUGCAUUCCCAAAAAAGUACAUUCCCAAAAUAAAGAGCUUACAUCAUGGACCUUUUCAGCUUUCCCACACUUCCCUCCUAAUUAUUGUCCUGCAGGACAGCUGAUCUAUUUCAAGCAGGAAGCUGUUUACAGAUAACACUUGCAACUGUUUUGUCUGAUUUGUUGAACUGUCGAAAAGCAAAAGCAACAUCUUUCCAAAUUAAAAACUGUCAGACUUCUGUAAACAGCAGCAAUGAGGUUCAUUUGUGCAGUGUCCCUGCAGUCACAGAGCGUUCCACGGUUCUCAUUUUCUCAACAAUCGUGAGGAGUCAGUGACCUGUAAGAGCUCAUUAUGAAGAGAGAUCUGGUUUUCUUGGCGACUCUAAUUAGCUUUGCCUUCCUGUCACUGCUAAGAUCUGGAUAUCCUCAACACAUUGCAGAAGAGUCCUGCUCUGUUCAGAUUCUUGUUCCAGGCCUCAAAGGGGAGGCUGGAGAAAAGGGAGAAAAAGGUGCUCCAGGGAGGCCAGGAAGAGUUGGACCUUCAGGAGAAAAAGGAGAGAUCGGGGACAAAGGACAGAAGGGCAGCAUGGGCCGACAUGGAAAAAUUGGUCCCAUUGGUUCAAAAGGUGCAAAAGGUGAUAAUGGUGACAUAGGGCCGCCUGGUCCUAAUGGAGACCCAGGCAUCCCCUGUGAAUGCAGUCAGCUAAGGAAGGCUAUUGGUGAGAUGGAUAUCCAAGUGGCCCAGUUGACAACUGAAUUAAAAUUCAUAAAAAAUGCACUGCCCUCCCCCGCAGCUGUUGCUGGUGUGCGAGAGACGGAUAAUAAGAUAUACCUACUGGUGAAAGAAGAGAAAAGGUACAUGGAAGCCCAGCUGUACUGCCAUGGAAGAGGAGGAACACUGAGCAUGCCCAAGGAUGAGACUACCAAUGGUCUGAUUGCUUCAUACAUCACUCAAGCAGGGCUCAUCAGAGUAUUCAUUGGGAUUAAUGACCUUGAAAAAGAGGGAAAUUUUGUGUAUGCUGAUCGAUCACCCAUGCAGACCUUCAACAAGUGGCGCAGUGGUGAGCCCAAUAAUGCUUAUGAUGAGGAGGACUGCGUGGAAAUGGUGGCUUCCGGUGGAUGGAACGAUGUUGCCUGUCAUAUUACAAUGUAUUUUGUUUGUGAAUUUGACAAAGAAAAUGUCUGAGGAAAUCUGCUUUUUAUAUAAUUUUUUUAUAAGUUACCCUUUGUUUAUAAAGUACCAGUGAUAUUUUACAGGUAUAUAACGCUAGUGUUGUACAGCUGUAAAUAUAAUAUAGGUAUUUCAAAUAUCAAUAUUUACCCUUCAGAAGGGAAGAGCAAUGUUAAAAUAAAGGCACAGUUUGUCUUGGAAAUGUAUGUAUUUAGAUUAAAAUAUGUUUGGGGGCUAAUUUUUUCUUUAGUGCAGUUAAUGAAUUGCAGUUUCAUGACUGUAUGGAGAGUGGAUAUUGGCCCUUUGUUGUUAAAAUGUUUUUCUGGAGAAGUAGAUUCUUGAUAUUGUUUUAUCUUAUCAAAUUGUUUUAUUGCUUAAUGUUAAUUGACCAUAAUUAUACCAGGUGGUGCUUCUGGCUCAUUCAAGCCAUAAAGCAUAUAUUUUAUAUAAUCCAGCUACUUAGUACAAGUAUUACUUUAGAUUUCUGAAUGCGCGGCUUUAUACCAGUUUCUGAGAUACAUAAGUAAAGUAGACAACUAAUCAGUUUUACAAUUUUUGUAAUAUUUCUUCAUUAAACUGUUCGCAGAUGA